CCCUUCGUUCUUGUGGCGGCUCUCUUUUGGCGUCUCGUCGCUUCUGAUUGUGUGAAAGUCGACGGAGAUUGGAGAGGAGGAUGGCGGAGGUGGGCGAGACGAUGGCGGCGAGCUCUGGUGGCGAGGGCGGAGUAGAGGCGCCACACCGCCUGGAGAGGAAGUGGACGUUCUGGUUCGACAACCAGUCGAAGCCGAAGCAGGGCGCCGCCUGGGGCAGCGCCCUUCGCAAGGUCUACACCUUCGACACCGUCGAGGAGUUCUGGUGCUUGUAUGAUCAGAUCUUUCGUCCGAGCAAAUUGCCUGCUAACACCGACUUCCACUGUUUCAAGUCCGGGAUAGAACCCAAAUGGGAAGAUCCUGAAUGUGCCAAUGGAGGCAAGUGGACUGUUACGUGUAACAGAAAGGCCACUCUUGACACCUUGUGGCUAGAGACGUUGAUGGCUUUGAUUGGGGAGCAGUUUGAAGAGAGUGAGGAAAUUUGUGGUAUUGUUGUUAGUGUACGCCAAAGGCAGGACAAGCUUGCGUUGUGGACAAAGGCAGCAAGCAACGAAGCUGUUCAGAUGAGCAUUGGGCGGAAGUGGAAGGAAAUCAUCGACUUCAAUGAGAAGAUCGUAUACAGCUUUCAUGAUGACUCGAGGAGAGACAAGUCGAAUAGAGGUGGUCGAUACAGUGUUUGACUACUUGCGAUGAGCUAUCAAUAGUCGAUUUAAAAUUUUGUAACGACCUCUUGGAGUUCCUGAGAGGCUCAUCGAAGCUUUGCUUGAGAGGUCACUUGUCUGAGACUUAGUGUUGAAUGUUUCGUUUGUAUCUGAAAAUUCCUACAUUUCUUUGUUCCCUAUGGAUUUUGCUUUAUAUUGCAGUGGCAUAUUUGAAGUUUA